AUGUCUGGACUGACUCUACUCGCUCUCGCUGGCCUAGCUGCCGCCGACUACACCGCCAGCUUCGGUGGUGCCAUCCCCGCUGGCCUCUGCGCACCAAACACCGCCGGCUUUACCAACCCUACCAUCCAGCCUUCUCGCGGAGGUGCUGCUAUCUGUGUCUCCGGAAAUGUCGCCGUGCAAGCCUCUGCCCAGAACGUCAAGUUCAACUUCGACCUUCCUAAGAACGAAUCCGAAGUCACCAACACUUUCCUCGAGCUCAUCACCCAGGGUUCCACCUUCACACAGCAAAUCAUGGGAGGCAUGCAGAUGAUCUCUGGCAACUACACUAUUGCGUCCACACUGUGUAUGCCUGCCAACGGCACCAUGCCUAGCUCUGUGCAGCUCUUGACUCAUGGUAUCGGCUUCGAUCGCUACUACUGGGACUUUGCUCCCGGCUACUCAUACGUCGAUUAUGCCAUCGAGCAGGGCUACGCAACAUUCAGCUACGACCGCCUGGGUGUCGGUCAAUCCUCCACCCCCGACCCCAUCACCACCGUCCAAGGACCCCUAGAAGUCAGCAUCGCCAACCAACUCGCUCUCAUGCUCCGCAGCAGCACCUUCGCCAACGCAAACUUUACUUCUGUAAUUGGCGUCGGCCACUCGUUCGGCUCAGCGAUCACCCAAAGCGUCACUCACUCCCACCCUUCCACCUUCGAUGCCGCCAUCCUAACCGGUUUUUCCACCAACCAAAGCGCCAUUGCUCCUUUCCUCACAUCUCUGAACCUGGAAAUCGCAUCCAUCAACCAACCCUACCGUUUCAGCACUCUGAACAAUGGUUACCUGGUCUCUUACUCUGCAAUCAGCAACCAAUACGGCUUUUUCCGCGCUCCUAAUUUCUCGCCUUUGGUGCUUGCUGCAGCUGAAGCUUCGAAAGGUAGCGUUACUUUCGGCGAACUGUUUACUCAAGCCGCCAUCGCUGGCGUCGCCUCAAAUUUCACUGGUCCGGUUGCUAUUGUGAAUGGUGAUGCUGAUUUGCCUUUUUGCUAUGGAAAUUGCAGUUAUCCUAUGAACAAGGCUGAGGCUGCUAUUAGUAUGCUAUACCCUGCUGCUAGUGCUAACGGCACUUAUUUGGCUCCUUUGACUGGACAUGGUCUCAACUUGCACUACACUGCCUUGGAUGCUUACAAGUUUAUUGGAAGCUUCUUGAAGCAGAACAGAAUGUAA